UGUAAUUUUAAUGGUCGAUGAAGUGUUAGCCUAAGUAAUACAUUUGAAUGAAUUGACAACUAGCUAUCAUAACUGUACAGUUUUAUAGUUUUGCAGAUUUUCACAACAAGACCAUCAAUAGAAAAAUGGACUUCAGGAUUAUGAGACCUCAAAUAAUAGGAUUUAAAACAAGACAUAACUGACCAGCUUACAAACAUUAAAACAACAAUAAUGAAAAAGUACAAAUCAGCUUCCCAGGAAUGUCAAACUCAGGGAAGGUAACAAUUCGAGUUAAAAUCUGUUUUGCGAUGCAUUUAAUCUCAAUAACACUACACUCUAUUGCUGUAGGGACAAAUUAUUGGGCCACACGCAAGAGUACCCUAAAGUUUGGAGGCUUCCAUAAUGUAGGACUGUGGUAUUCUUGCAAUGAUAUACGUGGAUGUGUGUCAUCAUUUUCUCCCGAUAACUUACUGGCCAAUGAAGGAAAGGACGUUUGGCUUCUAACGUAUAUGAAGAGCAUCCUAACAGCGGGUAUGGCACUUGUCUCCCAGUGUGCCAUCAUCUUGGCCUUCUUCAACCUAUGGAUGUACAUGAAGAAAUUCAAUAGGAAAUAUCUUUCUCAUACCACAGGAUUCUCCUUCAUUGCAGCGGUGUUCGACUUAGUGCUGAUCUCAAUCUGGGUUGCAGUGAUCUCACAAGAAUGGACCAAAGACACACCCUGGGGACUGCACUAUAGUGCUGGGAUUAUCAUCAUAGUGGCAAUCAUGAACAUUUGCUCUGGGGUACUCGUCUCCGUUGAGAUGCCAGAUAACCACAAACAGGAUGAAUCGGGGAGAUUUCAAACAAACCCGAGCACAACUCAAGCAUUCAACAUUUCAAUUAUCUACGAUAAUCCAGCUUUCAGUCCAAAUAAUGCGUUCCACAAUAACAACAAUGAGGAAGAAGAUAGAACAAUGUAUUAAUAAUAUGUUUUAGGAUUUAUACGCAUUAGUUUAAUAUUAAUGAUAAAAUCUGCAUUCAGUUGAACUCCUUGUAAAAGGUCUUAUUAAUUACAAAUGUAUUACAUUGUUUUCUUGAAAAAAACAGUUUGUGUUCAUGCACAGAAA